GACAGCUCAGCCCCGGCAUUAUUUGAGAAAUACAAAGAGAACAAGUUGCUGUGAAAACCUGCGCUACGAAGCGAUAUUUUAACACGUGCUAAAUUAAACCACGCUAGUCAUAAACUCUAUAAGUAAAAUAAAUUUGUGUGAAAGUUCAGUGAAAAAUAACAAGAUGCCUGAAGAAAUGCAGACCCAGUCCGGCGAGGUGGAGACCUUCGCCUUCCAAGCGGAGAUCGCCCAGCUCAUGUCCCUCAUUAUCAACACAUUCUACUCCAACAAAGAGAUCUUCCUUCGUGAGCUGAUUUCCAACUCUUCAGAUGCUUUGGACAAAAUCCGGUAUGAAUCUCUCACUGACCCGUCUAAGUUGGACAGCGGCAAGGAAUUGUACAUCAAGAUCAUCCCGAACAAGAGCGAAGGUACCCUGACUAUCAUUGACACAGGAAUUGGUAUGACAAAGGCCGAUUUAGUGAACAACUUGGGUACGAUUGCGAAGUCUGGAACAAAGGCUUUCAUGGAGGCGUUGCAAGCCGGCGCUGACAUCAGUAUGAUCGGUCAGUUCGGUGUGGGUUUCUACUCCUGCUACUUGGUUGCCGACCGCGUGACAGUCCACUCGAAACACAAUGAUGACGACCAGUACAUGUGGGAGUCUGCUGCGGGCGGUUCCUUCACCAUUCGCCCAGACCCUGGUGAGCCCCUCGGCCGUGGUACAAAGAUCGUUCUACACGUGAAGGAAGACUUGUCCGAAUUCCUGGAAGAGCAUAAAAUUAAGGAAAUCGUAAAGAAGCACUCGCAGUUCAUCGGUUACCCAAUCAAACUUGUUGUUGAGAAGGAGCGUGAGAAGGAGUUGUCUGACGAUGAAGUUGAGGAAGAAAAGAAAGAGGAGGGAGAAGAUGAGAAACCUAAGAUUGAGGACGUUGGGGAAGACGAGGAGGAGGACAAGAAAGAUAAGAAAAAGAAGAAAACCAUCAAAGAAAAAUACACUGAAGAUGAAGAACUAAACAAGACCAAGCCCAUCUGGACCCGUAAUGCUGAUGACAUCACCCAGGAAGAGUAUGGUGACUUCUACAAAUCUCUAACAAACGACUGGGAAGACCAUUUAGCUGUAAAACACUUCUCCGUUGAGGGCCAGCUUGAGUUCAGAGCUCUCUUGUUUGUCCCACGUCGCGCUCCAUUCGACCUCUUUGAAAAUAAGAAACGCAAGAACAACAUUAAACUGUAUGUUCGCAGAGUAUUUAUUAUGGACAACUGCGAGGACCUGAUCCCAGAGUAUCUGAACUUCAUCAAGGGUGUGGUUGACAGUGAGGACCUGCCUCUCAACAUUUCCCGAGAAAUGUUACAGCAAAACAAGAUUCUCAAAGUAAUUAGGAAGAACUUAGUUAAGAAAUGCUUGGAACUGUUCGAAGAGUUGGCGGAAGACAAAGAGAAUUACAAGAAGUAUUAUGAACAGUUCAGCAAGAAUUUGAAGCUUGGAAUCCAUGAGGACUCUCAAAACAGAUCCAAACUGGCUGACUUGCUUCGUUACCACACAUCCGCCUCCGGUGAUGAUGUCUGCUCUCUCAAGGAGUAUGUUUCUCGCAUGAAGGAGAACCAGAAACACAUCUACUACAUCACUGGUGAAAACCGUGACCAGGUGGCCAACUCUUCAUUUGUUGAGCGAGUCAAGAAACGUGGCUAUGAAGUAAUCUACAUGACUGAGCCCAUUGAUGAAUAUGUAGUCCAACAAAUGAGGGAAUAUGAUGGCAAAUCCCUAGUUUCCGUCACCAAGGAAGGUCUGGAGCUGCCUGAGGAUGAGGAAGAGAAGAAGAAGCGCGAGGAAGACAAAGUCAAAUUUGAAAACCUGUGCAAAGUCAUGAAGAACAUCCUUGACAACAAAGUUGAAAAGGUUGUUGUGUCAAACCGAUUAGUGGAAUCUCCCUGCUGCAUUGUCACUGCCCAGUAUGGUUGGUCAGCUAACAUGGAGCGCAUCAUGAAGGCACAGGCACUCCGUGACACUUCUACCAUGGGUUACAUGGCCGCCAAGAAGCACCUGGAGAUCAACCCUGACCACUCUAUCAUCGAGACUUUGAGGCAGAAGGCCGAGGCUGACAAGAAUGACAAGGCUGUCAAGGAUUUGGUCAUCCUCUUGUACGAGACUGCCCUGCUGUCUUCUGGCUUCACUUUGGACGAGCCUCAGGUCCAUGCUUCCAGGAUCUACCGCAUGAUCAAACUUGGACUUGGCAUUGAUGAGGAUGAACCCAUUCAAGUCGAGGAAUCGAGCGCUGGUGAUGUCCCCCCAUUGGAAGGAGAUGCUGAUGAUGCUUCGCGCAUGGAGGAGGUCGAUUAAGUUAAUUCCCGCCUAAUUUUCGUAGCCAUGUUGUAAUGGUGUAUCGCAGAAUUGUUUUGUGCACUGGUGUACAGCCAAAGACUGAUUUAGUUCAAAAAAUUCCAUUAUUGAAAUAAAUAAUGUUAAAUUAAAUUA